AUGAGGCUUACACCUGGUCUUUUUUCUACUCUUGCCGUUGCUUUAGGCAUAGCGCCGACUGUUAUUGCGCAGACAUCAAUCAAGGCCGUUGGGCUGGGCACAGCUACUGCCGAAAAUUCCGCUUAUUGGUUCCCCUCUUACGCCAUCUCAAACUUCCCUGUCAUGGACAUGGACUCUGAGGACUUGCGCUGCCGUACAAGUGACUUUAGUAUGGCUUCAAACGCUCUGGCUCUAGGCGUGCCUGCUGGACGGAAUAUGACGGUCGUGUGGGAUUCCAAGAAAAGCAUGGUCACCAACACUGGAACCCAGUAUGCACCCAGCGGCCCAUGCACGGUUUACAUGGCAAAGCUUAGCUCCCAGGGCACGGGCUCUUCGUGGUUCAAGAUAUACGAGUAUGGAUACAAGGAUGGCAAGUGGUGCACGGACUAUCUUAAAGGACAAAUGAAUAAGAUGACAUUCAAUAUUCCUCAGGACAUUCCAAAUGGCAAGUACAUUGUGCGCGCCGAGAUAAUCAGUCUGCGCACGUCGACAAAAACAAACUACGACGACUUUACGCAGGGCGCGCAGUUCUUCCCCUCUUGCCUGGUAGUGGAUGUUACCAAUGGCGGCAGUGCUUCGCCGAGCCUUUCCAAGAUUCCAGGAAUAUACAAAAAGUCCGACUCUGGUCUUCUCGGCAACUUUGGUGCAGGCCAGAAAUUGACUAGCUACAAAGUUCCAGGACCGGCAGUGUAUACGGCAGGAACCAGCAGCACUAGCAGCAGUUAA